GAUGUUGGUCCUCCGUGCUCUCGUUUGUGGAGUCCUCUACACCAGUGUUACAAGACUGCAGAACAUAUAUGUACAAAGUGAAAAUAUUUCAAAUGGGAAAUAUGCAAAACAGAGUGGUACCUUUUUUAACUAUGUUGCUAGUCGGGCUUUAAAUAAAUCAUAUGUGUCAUCUGGAUCAGUAACAAAACGUGCCAGCCCGUCCUGGUGGGAGGUCGACCUGAGGGGCUACUUCACCAUCAGCAGCAUCACCCUCACAGCAUCAACCUACGAGAGAUGGAAUCUACACAUGAGAAAUGCCUUCGUGGAGGUGAUGGACAAAGAUGUCAGCCUCUGUUCUGAUGUCCAGGUGGUGUUGUGUGGGAAUGUGUCUAGCUCUGUCACUGCUGGGGAAGAGUUCACCUUCACCUGCAAUGCCACAUUCCCUGUCCGCUUUGUCCGUGUCACAAGGCCAUCUACCACCAAUGUUUACCUCGUUAUCGGACAUGUGGAUGUUCAAGGGGAGGGGGCUAAGAAGCCAUAUCGUUCCUACUACAAACCGUUGAAGAACAAGAAGGUGUCUCAGCCGUUCCUUACCACGUCAGCCAUGACAGCCGGAGACUGUGGCAUCAUUUGUCACCGAUAUAAUUCAUGCAUCGACUUCAGCUACAGUGCAGUGUCGCUGACCGAUGAGAACUGUCUGCUAACUGACAAAGUGUUGUCUUCAUCUGAAGACAAUUCUUGGACAACCUACACUAUUUCCUGUAUGUGAACUCUCAACUAAUAGAUAGCAAGCUUCUCUCACACUUUAUCACAACUAUAACAAGCUUCAAUUUAAGAUUAUUAUAUUGUAAGUUGUCUAAUAUUUCUCCAACUUUGAAAGAGUUUCCAUCAAAUAUCAUGUUUGGCGUCAUGGGUCUCUGGGAUCAUUUUGUUCUCAUAAACGUUUGUGAUUAAUUGGAUUAACUCGGUGACUUGUUGAUUUCGUUUUAUUGUACAAUGACGGUUUUGUUUUUCUCGUCAUGAUUUGAUUGUUUUCACACUGACAUCAUAUUGCUUGACAGCGAGCAUGCACGUACUCUUGUUUCUUUAAUUCACUAUUCGAUAUGUAUUAUAUUACCCUUUAAGGUAGCAAAAUCAAAAGUAAUAACUUUCCCAUCUUUUAGCAACUUGCAAUGCUGAUUGAUGAGUUGACGCGAAAUGACGUCACAUUGUAUCAUUGGGCAUUUGAGGUCACCCAUUGCAUUCGACGUCACCUUAUGCAAUCAGACCAUACGCUAACUCGGAUUUGAAGUUAGUCAUAAAUAUCUCGCCUCACCCAAUGAUGAUAAUGACAAACUCUUUGGACCAAACAUUCAGGUUGGUAGGUCGAAAUAUGACAAAAAUGUAAAGCCCACCAUAUUUAUUUCCUAGAAAGUAAGCAGGUAGGGAAAAGAGUUGGAAUAGUUUAAUAUUACCUCCCUGUCUGGUAUACAGUAUGACAAACAUGUGCCCGCGUUCACAAACAAUUGAUUUCAUGACUGGCUUUGUGCUAAAAUAUAUACACUGAGUACCUCCUGGCAUAUAUCAACAAUAAAUGUUGUGCGAUCGACCAGUCUGUCGCACUUUUACUAGUUGGCGUUUACCAACCAAUGAACAAAGUAAAAGUGAGUGAGUUGGGUUUAAGGCCACUUUUUACACUAUUCAAGUUUUGUCAUAGCGUGUUAGCUUAAUGUGGGAGGAAAGCCCCAAUCGAUGCAGGUCUUCGUUUACCACUUACUGACAAACCAAGAUACAUAAUCGGGGUGAAUAUCAAAUGUUCGAUCACUUAUAGUGUAGAAUAAUAAUUAUAUUCUAUAUAUUGAAACACUUUGACCACUAAAAUGAAUGUAUUUUUUAUUUUGUCCAUAUGAGUAGUUAUACAAUUUGAGCAGUUAUCACAUCAAAGGUACUGUUUCUUUACCGUAAUCGCUUUGUAAUGGCAACAAGCAUUUAUUAUUAUUUACACAUUAAAGUAACUUUUCUCUUGAUCUGACACCAAGGAUACUAAACACUGUGAUUUUCAAUAUUGAUUUUUCCAACAAACUAGAUAUACUAAGAGAGAAUUAUUUGCAAUGAAGCGGAAUUUUAAACAAGUGAAUCAUAUCAUGGCUUGUUAAAUAUAUUUAUACUGUCUGUAUCAAAGGGAUAUUCCUAAUUUCUAUCCGUCAUAUAAUUUUUUUUAAAAACUACAGAAAUGUUUUUUGGUAGGAAGAAUGUUGAACAUUGUGUUUUUGCAAGAAAAUGGACAAUUUUGAAUGUUGACUUUGAACAAGAACGUGAAUGUUAACAAUAUAUUCCAUUGUAUCUCACAUGGAAUCCUAAUGACACACUCUAUGAGUCUCUGUAUAUGUUUUGUAUAUGAUUUGUAUCUACACCUGCUGAU